CUGUCUCUCCCUCUCUCUGGAGUUUGUUGGUUGGUUGCAGCAGUAUCUCAGUAUCUAUCCCGGCUCUCCUGACAGACGGAGGCAGUCCUCCUCUCUUUCUGUCUGCCUCUCCGUCUGUCUGUCGUCUCUAACCGCCGAGGUGAAUAUAAAGCUGGGUAAUGGAGACCUCUGUGGACCGCGGCUCUUGUUUUUCUCCCCGCCGGAGACACACAAACUCACCGGACACAUAAGGCGUCACAAAGAACAAACACCGGUGUUGAACGGAAAACGCCGCCGCUGCUGUUAAUGACAGUGAACGCUUGCUCAGUGUUUCCUUCCUCUUCUUUUCUGCCACCGCGUCUCCACAAACAGAUGCUCGGGAAGUUAGGGAUGAAACACGGAUAAAUCUGCCAAGUGGUCCUCUCCAAUUUCCAAGAGGCGCUCACACCGGAAGGAUUUCUUCUUCUCUGAGACUGCUCUUCUCUGACCGCAACAAGAGACAUUUCAGCCCCUCCAUCAAGGAAACCUCCUCCUACUCAGAUCGAGGCUUCUGAGAAAUGAGCUGCCAAUGAAUCACCUCCAAGGUCAGCAGUCAUCUCUUCUUGGCCUGGGGGUCUUCUAGAGGGUUGGACCUCCUCGCCACCAUGAAAGGGUUGGGGACCAAUCGUAACAGACACCUGUCUGACUCCUGCGAGCCUUCCCCCGGCCAUACAGAGGCCCUCUACUCUCAGAAGACCAGCACUCUCCCACGCAGCCCUUACCUGCUGAGUCCCACAAUGGACCACUAUGGCACCAUGGAUCCUCACCUCUAUCCUUCAUCAAAUCCAGGCUCCCUUCCACCAGAGUGCAUGCUGCCCCUCAACAACCAGCUGUCCAAUAGCAGCACCUUCCCCAGGAUUAACUACAACUCCUAUGACCAGUCUGACUUCUCCCCACCUGGAGACAGCAUCGGCGGGAUAAGCACAGGGACAAUGGGCACGUCUGUGUCCAUGGGCAUGGGAACAGGUAUGGGCAUGGCAGGACUGAGCGCACGAACACCUAUGAUAACAAGCGGCUCAGCAACUAUAUCACAUCAUAUGACCAAGAACCAGGCACCAUCCAGUCUGCUGGAGUUUGAUAAGCAGCUACCUGGAGGCCGUGACGGAUUCAGCACGUUGCAGUUUCAUCGAACGUCCGCUGCUGUUGCCGCCAAGCAACGCACAGACAGUCCUGGACGCAUCCGGUACAUGCUGCACUCGGUGCAAAAGCUCUUUGCUAAGUCCCAGUCACUGGAGAGCCACAACAUGAAAGGUGUCAAUGGACGCUCCACUGGCAGUGGCGGAGGCUCGUCUAGCACUGAAGACGGAGGGAAGCAGAAUCGUAGAUCCAAAAGUAAAGAUCGGGGUACAAAAUCAGAGGCGACUGCAAAGCGACGGCCACGUUCCAACAUGUCAGGUUACUGGAGCUCAGACGAUCUGGACAGCAGCGAUCUGAGCAGCUACCACAACACCAUGGCCAUGAUGACUCUGGGGCGUCCAACUGGCCAUGACAGCCAGGGGGGGCAGAGCAGAUACAUCCACAGUGGCUACAACACUAUCAGCUCCUCCAAAAGCAGCCAUGACAUGAAGUAUCAGACACUAGGGCCUGGGAGUGGAGGUGGUGGAUUAGGUGGAGCGGGAAGAAUGGUAGUUAAUGAUAGUGAGUAUAUGAAAGGAGGGUCCUGGUCCACACUGACCAUGGGCCAGCCGAGGCAGGUGAUCCAGAAGGGCUCAGCUACUCUGGACAGGUCCAUGCUCAAGUCUAAAUCCUGCCAGCCUGAACUAACCUGCAACUACCUGCAAGUUGGACGAAGGGGUGAUUGGAGUAGCACAUUAGGCCGCAGCGGGGGUGCCAAUGAAAUCCCAUGUCGGCGGAUGCGCAGUGGUAGCUACGUGAAGGCCAUGGGAGACAUGGAAGACAGUGACGACUCAGAGGGAAGCCCCAAACCCUCGCCCAAAACUGCCGCUCGUCGCCAGAGCUACCUCAGGGCUACGCAGCAGUCUCUGAGCGACCAGCUACCCCCUCGCAACAGAACCCUGGAUUACACCUUGUUGCAGGGGGAGCUGGAUGCCCUGUGGUCUCCGCUCCACAGUGUGUCCUCUCUGCACCAGCUGGGCAGGUCAAUGAGCAGCUGUCUUCCAUCUCUCAGAGAGCUCUCCAAUAAUCGCAGCCUGGACAACCUAGACUGCAUUGGGGGUACAGUCUCGUCCUUGCCACACUGGGAUGAUGAUGACUUCAGCCAGGCCUGCAGCACCUUGGGCAGACGUAGCUGCCUGGCACAGCUACGGGACCUGGAAAUGAGUCAUCAUUAUGAAGACCGCAGCUCCGAGUCCACAUACAGAGAUUCCCGUUCCCACUCUCAGGACAACCCAGAGCCUCCAGACUUGCCCAUGCCAACAUGCUUCCGAUCCCGCAGCCACAGCUACCUGAGAGCCAUCCAGGCUGGCUGUUCCCAAGAUGACGACACAGCAUCCAUAGACUCAGGCUGCUCACCGCCUCCGAUUGACACCACUGUUCGCACCUACAGCACCAGCACUGACGACCUUCCUACACAGUGGAAGACAUGGAAAGAACAGUUUGGCUCUUACCUGAUAGCCAAUGGCUUGGACAGAGCUCCAAAGGAGAAACAGCUUGCAAUUUUUCUUCAGCGUUUGGGGACAGACAGACAACGCAUCCUACCUGCACAUACAGUCUCCACAUGCAUAACCACCUGUAAGAAGGCUGCGCCUCCGCCAGUGCCACCCCGCACAACCUCGAAGCCCUACAUCUCUGUGACAGUGCAGAGCAGCACAGAGUCAGCCCAGGACAAUUACCUGGACCAGCAGGACCGGAGGUCGGAGGUCAACAGCCAGUCAAGCCACGCUCACAGCAACUCCUCCGACAGCCUUGACAGCACCCGUGCCAACAGCCUGGCCCGGGGUAUCCCCCGCCCUUCACACAUCAUCCCCACUCCCAUCGCCACCACGAGAGAUCCAAUCGCCCCCACCACCACUAAUGCUUCCACCGAGACAAGUGACGCAGUAGUCCAGCAUGAAUCACUGAGAUCAGGAUUAAACAAAGGGAAUCUAGUGGCAGAGGAGCCCCUCGUGGCACCAGUGCCCAGGCGGAAACUGUCCUCCAUUGGCAUACAGGUUGACUGCAUUCAGGAAGUUCAGCGAGAGGAGACCCCACCAUUGGCCAAAUUUCAGUCAAUCGGAGUACAGGUGGAGGACGGGUGGCAGCUCAGUCGCUCCAGUAGCAUGGCCUCAAAACAAGAAACGGACUCAGACACACAGGACAUCCCUGUCAUCACCCAUAUCAAUAACGCCAAACACUCUGAGAAAAAAGUCAUGGUCAAUAGUGCCAGCCAAUCCACAAGCUCCCCUCCUGGACAGGACUAUUUAGACAAUGGAGACACUACCGGUGACACCUCUUCACCCCCGCCACCCAGGCAGAUCCUCAACCGCUCAACCACACGAAGUAGCUCUUCCUCCUUCUCAGAAAGUCUGGACCCAGCACUGGACCCCUCGUCCCUACCGCCUCCAGACCCUUGGCUGGAGAGCGGGAACGGGAGCAACAGCAGCAUUCCCCAGAGCGGAGGAGGGGGGACGCUGUGUCGGAGAGACGGCCACUGGUUCCUGAAGCUGCUGCAGGCCGAGACGGGACGCAUGGAAGGCUGGUGCCAGCAGAUGGAGCAGGAGACCAAAGACAACCAGCUCUCAGAGGAGGUGCUGGGGAAGGUUCGCAGUGCAGUAGGAUGUGCCCAGCUCCUUAUGUCCCAGAAGUUUCAGCAGUUCCGGGGACUGUGUGAACAAAACUUGAAUGUGAAUGCCAACCCGCGGCCCACCGCCCAGGACCUGGCAGGUUUCUGGGACCUGCUGCAGCUCUCCAUCGAGGACAUCAGUCUCAAGUUCGAUGAGCUCUACCACCUCAAGUCCAAUGACUGGCAGCCCAUCCCGUCUGCGGCUGCCCAGUCGCCCCCUGAGCGGAAGAACGAGGAGAAGGAGACCACUCCAGCGUCAAAGAAGCCCGGUAAGGGACGACCAUCGCUGGGCCGUGAGAAGAGCGCAGACUCCUCAUCCACCUCUUCUUCGGCUUCAGCAGAGAAGCAGAGACAUGAGGCUCGCAAGCGUCUACUGGCUGCUAAAAAGGCCGCCUCAUUUCGCCAGAACUCCGCCACAGAGAGCGCGGACAGCAUCGAAAUCUAUGUCCCCGAGGCCCAGACUCGUCUCUGAGAGAGACAGUGAGAGGGAAGGAAAUAGGGGUCGGAUCAAAGGACAGAUAAGUAUCACUGAAAUACCUGGAAAAAGGAGAGGAAAACUUUUGCAAUGCAGAUGAGCUACUCUGAGUACAGCUGGAUGGAGGUGGGGGGAGGAGAGAUGACAUUCUCAGAGAUGGGGGUGGGUGUGGAUUUGGGCAUUUUUGACACACACAUACAGUUAUAGGCUGGUCCUGGUGGCAUCAAACACUUAUUUAACACAACAGAAGCAGAGAAAUGGAACUUUGGUGGACUUGACAGACUUUGAAGCAGGAGACUCCUCACUUGAGGCUGCCAUUGAAAACCUCAGCUGAUGAACUUUGUCCUUUCUUGUUACUACUCUUGAUAUCAUAAAAUUGUUAAUGAAGAUAUUGUUAUUAUGACGAUUAUAUCCUAAAGAAUCUAUAUGAAGACUGUUUUAAACGUUCCUCUAUCUUGGCUAUAAGAUCUAUUAAGUGGACAGAGGGCAAACUCUCUCUUCUGUCUCCCAUCGUCCUCCUCUCUUCCCAGAUCAUUGGCCAUCUUGUAGCUUUGCACAACACCGCCUUGUGGCCAUCACACACUCACACACAUAACACUGCGCACACUACAUCCACUGCACUCACACACCACAAACUCACACCUAUGUAUGUCUUCCUUGUAUUUAUUUGUUUACUUUACUCAUCCUUUGUUUUGUAUAAAAAUCCAUUUAGAUCUGGUUAUUCUGAAUAUUUUUGGUAUGCUGAAACUUGAGAGUCAGAUUUGAAGGGGUGUUUAUAUAGUUCCUAACAAUUAACUUGUGUCAAAGAUUUUAAACACUGGUGAGAAUCUGUAAAGUUUAGUUUCUUAAUGAUUUUUAAUGAAAGCACAUCCCGAUACCGAUGACGACCGAGCAUGAGGAUCUCUAUUUCAGUCAGAAUGUCAGCGGCCACUAUUACUCACUAUUGUUUUCUUUGUAGGGAAAAUGUCUUCAACUUUAAAAAAGAAAUCUCUUCUGCUUCUCUCUGUCCCAUUAACGUUGGUUUUCAUGUUUGUGCUCUAAACGCAGAUGCGUCAAUAUUUCAGUCAAGGUUUUUUUGUCCCAUCUGUUUGUUUAAUGCUUCUUUAAGUGCUUUUAUUAACCUCACUUAGCGUUCAACUCGCACAUCUCAAAUGAAUCUAGGGCUUUUACUGAAUUAAUGCAGCAGAGGUAUUUUGGUGGGGACACACGUUAGGACACGUGUCUUGCUGUUAUUUUUUUAUACUAUGUUUCCAAAAGCAUUCAUGAUUUAUUUUGCCUCCCAUCACUCAACGAAAAUCAAUCUUAGUUCUUUGUUACCAUUUUUGUUUCCCCUCAUUGAACAUCAUCCAAAGUACCUGCACUUUUUUAUUCAAAGAAAAAAUAUUUAAUUAAAGCAUUGCAUACAUUAGUCUUUGUGUUUUCAUCAUUUAUUAAAUGCUGCUUGCUUUUUUCUUUAAGGAAGACUGCAUAAGCCAAAGAUGAAUUCACCGUCUCUAAUUCAUCUGACGUAUUUAAAUGUCAGCAGCAGGGAGCUCGACAGUAACAGCACUUACUGUAAAAAUAGAGUGGAGUGUAGCCACAGCACAUUUAUUACAGGGUUGUUAUUUUCAUAUGCACAUGCCCGCAAACUUUCAUUUCUGACCUCUAGAGGGCAACAGUGGUUAAUUUUCAAUCUAAGAUGCAGUACAGGGUAGUAUGCAUACAAUGAAAAGGCAUUCUCUCUAUAAGACAACAUGCAGCCCUGCCCUGUUUUGCAUUACGGGGACACACUGUGUGGAUUACACAUAUUUACAGACUCCUCUGUCUCAUUUGAAGCCAGUUCCCAAAACAAAGAGGCCUCUUGGGUUUGUGAGUCAGGAUUUCUCUCAGAAAGUACACAUCCAACCAUAAAGUCAACCCCGACAUGCCUUACAUUCAACCGCAGUUGUUUGCCUGUCUUCCACUCACAUUUGGUUUCUUCCCCCAAAUGGUAAGCAAACCUAACUUCCCCACCCUAAUUAGUUAUGUUAAACCAUUGAGACUGCAUUGCUUCGGCUGCUGCAAUGCCUCUUCCUCACCCACUGUGACCCAAAAAUGCAGCCUGAGGCUUUGAAUUGGAAAAGCCCGAUGACCACUAUUCUCUCUCUAUCUCGGCAAGAGCUUUCUCCUGAUGGCGGGUCUUUGUUUGUCUGUUGUGUUUGCCGGCUGGGGGUGACGCUCAGCAAGGAAAAUGGCUCAGGGGUGUCAAUAGUCUGUUCCCUGGUUGCUGUCAAUGCCCCCCUCCAUUUUAGUGGGGUGGAUAGCAUUGUUAGCACCUGAAGGCCUUUUAUGUGACUUGAACGCCGUCGUUGGCUUGAUUUGAUUUUUGACUGCCAGGAAAAAGUUGUGUGUCUGACAAGUUGUUUUUCUGAAGUGAGCUAGUGAUGUCUCGGUGUUCAGACAGAUUAUGAUUAACACAUUGUGAAUGAUUUAUGUCAUGGAUAUUAUUAGAAUAUUCAAUCUUAAUAAGUCUCAAGGAUAAUUUUUGUGUCAACAACGUAGGUUGAAGGCAAUAUAUUGCACCAACUAGAUUUAAAUCUUUCCCAUAUGCAACUACUGCCAGAAUAUUUUUAACAUUUAAAACAAUUUCAUAACAUAUCAUUUUCCUUUUUUCCCCAUUUGCCACAUUUUCAGGCCCCAAUCCUGCUGUCACCAUCCCUCACACAAAACCGCAGGCCUGCCUCACUUGAACGCAGAUCAAAUACAAUGUGGCAUCUCGCAUACGCUGAGGGAAGGAGGGCAGGAACACAGAGAAAGUUGCUCUAUGAUCUCACCAACACAAACUGAAAAAGUGAUGUUUUUCCAGCCCGCUAAAACUUGGAUGAGUAAUAUGCCAAGAGAUGUCAGUGACAGACUUAAAGAGAGAAAAGAGAGCUCACCUCAUACAUUUAAACAAGGCUUCCCUCCAAUACACACAGAUAUCACUGGGACACACCUAGGUCUAUUUCCUGGGUAGAGUUAUCCAUGACCCAAACAGCUGCACUGUGGGGGGGUUUGUUGCUGUAAAGCCAUUGAUUUGAGGGUGAUAAUGGUCCCCCAUAUAGGUUUGAUGGAUCUGGCCUUUUAAAGUCAAAACUGUCAUAGUAUCAGCAUUUGCUUAAGCAGCGGUCUGUUUUGGUGAAGCUUCACUUUGAGAAGUAAAGUGGAUUCUCAAUGCUCGUACUGUGCCUCCUUCAAUCACAACAGUGCAGUUGGUAGAAUAUUAUCAUCCAUGAAUGCAAGGAAAAAAGUUUAAAUGUUAAGCAAGAGAAAAUACAAUUAACUAUUUACAGGGUGGCUAUGAUCCAAAUUGUACCCUAUCUUCUUUGAUAUCUAUGUACCUUUUUACUUUUUACCUCUAAAAAAGGAUUGACAUCACACAUUAUAUAAAGUGUAGCUACCCUUUCAGAUUGUUUUAUGCAUUUCUCUGCAUUCCAGGGUUGAGCAAAAAGUAUGAUCAGUAGAUCAGUAGAGGCUACAAGAUAAGAGAAUAUACUACAUGGAAGCACAUAUAUGCCAAUGUGAUGAAAAAAAGACCCCGUAAGUCUUCAUAAUUAGAAACUUUCUCAGAAUAAUGACCUAAUAUCUCGAAACAAUGAGAAACUCUGGGUUCGUCUGGGUUAGUAUCUCAAAAUAAUGAAAAACUCUCAAAAUGAGUUACUUAUCUUAAAAAAGACUUCAUUUCUCUCUUUAAGAAAAAGCUAAUUUUCUCAAAAUAAUGACUAUAUAACCAGAAACUUCCUCAAAAUCAAGAAUUAGUACCUCAAAACAAUGGGAAACUUUCUCAAAAUAAUGACUUAGUGACUCAAAAUAACUAGAAACUUUCACAAAAUAAUGACUUAGUAUCUCAAAAUAACUAGAAUCUAUCACAAAAUAAUGACUUAGUGACUCAAAAUAACUAGAAAUUUUCACAAAAUAAUGACUUAGUAUCUCAAAAUAACUAGAAACUUUCUCAAAAUAAUGACUUUGUAUCUCAAAAUAACUAGAAACUUUCAAAAAAUAAUGAGUUAGCAACUCAAAAUAACUAGAAAUUUUCACAAAAUAAUGACUUGGUAUUUCAAAAUAACUAGAAACUUUGUAAAAAUAAUGAGUUAGCAACUCAAAAUAACUAGAAAUUUUCACAAAAUAAUGACUUGCUAUUUCAAAAUAACUAGAAACUUUCACAAAAUAAUGACUUAGUAUAUCAAAUUAACUAGAAACUUUCUCAAAAUAAAGAGUUAGCAACUCAAAAUAACUAGAAACUUUCACAAAAUAAUGAAUUAGUGACUCAAAAUAACUAGAAAUUUUCACAAAAUAAUGACUUGGUAUCUCAAAAUAACUAGUAAUAAUAACUAGAAACUUUAGUUACUAACUCAAAAUAAGUAGAAACAUUCUCAUAAUCACAAAUUUGUAUCUCAAAGAAAUGAGUUACUUUCUCAAAAUAAUGAGUUAGAGGUAGUAAGUUAGAAAUGAGAAACUUUCUCAUACUUGCUUAUCUCAAAUAAAUGACUUAAUAUCUUCAAAAAUCUUAAAAUGUAUCUCAAAUGUAUCUUUGUAUCUCAAAAAUUAGGAGAUUUCUCAAAAUAAAGACUGAGUAUGUCAAAAUAACGACAGACUUUCUCAAAAUCACAAGUUAGUAUCUCAAAUUCAUGAGAAACUUUUUCAAAAUGAAUUACUUAUCUCAAAGUAAUGACUUAUUAUCUCAUACUAGUAACUUAGUAUUUUUAAGUAAUGACUUAGCAUCUGAAAAUAACAUAACUUUCUCAAAAUCAUGAGUUGCUAUCUCAAAAUAAUGGAGUAGUAACUGGAAAUAUUGACUCAAUAUCUUGUAAUAAUGAGAAACAGUACUGAGUAAUUAUGAGUUACUCAUUAUUUUUGAGAAAGUUUCUCAUAAUGACUUAAGUGAUCUUUUUUUUCAUCGCACAGGUUGAAAUAGGCUUCCAUAAGACAGACAGUUUAAUCCCAGGACGAAGCAUACCUUAGCUGUGACACCAGUGAAUCCACUCCCAUACAGUAGUCCAAAGGCCUGCUUGGAAAGAAAAGAAAAAACAAGCUCAUUAGCAUCUGUGCUUUGUUCCCCUGAGUCUGGCAUCAAAUUGGGGAAGGGGUGAGGGGCCGAGUUGUUUCCACAAGAGAUAUGAUAUAGCAAAAAGUGUCUGUAAAAAUACUAGAACAAAUAUUUCAUGAAGCAAGCACAUAUUUUAAAGACUAGGAUGUGUUCAGUGUAAUACUUUAUAGACUGUGUGUAUGUCAGGGACUGUGGGGGUUUCGUAUAAAAGGCUUGUAUUGUUUGAGACAAAGUCAGUGAGUGAGAGGGUGUGUUGUUCCUAAAAAUGAGAUUUACCUAGAUUCUUGUCACUAUACUCUGGUAACAUUUAAAGUACAUGUGCAAUACUGAGUAAAAGGGUUCUUUGAUAUUAAAAUUAAACUAAUAAUCUUGCAUUUCUCCCCCCCUGUGCUUCUUAAAGUUGUCUUCUGUAAAUAGACCAGACUGAGAAACUCCAUCUUUUACAAUGCUGUAGAUCUAUUUAUACUAUUUCAAGGUUGUUCAAAUGUAUAAUGGAGAGACGUAACAUUCAAUAAAAUGCACACGAUACUUUCUCAAAAAGUUCA